AAGCGACUGAAGUGUGUGGUGUGGCUGCAAUGUUUGUGGGUUAGAUGAGAAACAAGCGCUGAGUGAAACAGAGAAGGGGGGUGGCUGGUGUGAUUUGUUUGGUGUUCAGAGCCAAUAGAAAUCCCAGACUGUGAUAAUAUCCCCAUGCAGCGCCGAGAGGAUUCAGAGCUAAGUCUCCGGGCUCCUUUCACAUCUGCAGGAGCAGCCAGCCUGGGACCGCGCGGCGCGGGGCGCGCUCUCGCCUCUCCUGCACCCUCAGCCGGCGCGCUUCUCUUAUGGGCGUCUGCUGCAGGCCGGCCGGCUGCGGUGGAACUGAAGGCGGCGGCGGGAGACCAAACUUAGACCCCGCUGCGCGCUAGAGAACUCAGAGAAGACAGAGGGAGAGGGAGAGAGAGAGAGAGAGAAGGGACCCGAGGAGGAGGCUUCCGUCACGUCAUUGCAGGAUGUUCUGGAAGCUUUCCCUGUCCUUGUUCCUGGUGGCCGUGCUGGUGAAGGUGGCGGAAGCCCGGAAGAACCGGCCGCCGGGCGCCAUCCCCUCGCCUUACAAGGACGGCAGCAGCAACAACUCAGAGAGAUGGCAGCACCAGAUCAAGGAGGUGCUGGCCUCCAGCCAGGAGGCCCUGGUGGUCACCGAGCGCAAGUACCUCAAGAGUGACUGGUGCAAGACGCAGCCGCUGCGGCAGACGGUGAGCGAGGAGGGCUGCCGGAGCCGCACCAUCCUCAACCGCUUCUGCUACGGCCAGUGCAACUCCUUCUACAUCCCGCGGCACGUGAAGAAGGAGGAGGAGUCUUUCCAGUCCUGCGCCUUCUGCAAGCCCCAGCGCGUCACCUCCGUCCUCGUGGAGCUCGAGUGCCCCGGCCUGGACCCACCCUUCCGACUCAAGAAAAUCCAGAAGGUGAAGCAGUGCCGCUGCAUGUCCGUGAACCUGAGCGACUCGGACAAGCAGUGAGCGCCGGGCCGGACGCAGCUCAGCCCCGCGCGCGCCCGGCCGCUGGGUGGCGCCGCCGCCACCUCUGUCCCUGCCCUCCGAGCCCACUCUCACGCUGCCUGGUGUCCCCCCUCAGCAGCAAGCACGUCUCUUAGGGCUGACGGUGUCCUUGUCACAAAGGUGGAUCGCAAGUGGAGCUUUUGCUGAUGUGUUCCUGACCGACCCCGGGCCCCACCUGUGCCCCCCGAAACCAGGUGGUGGAUCAGGCCCGAAGGAAUAUGCUGGAAAACCACCACCCGCCACCCAGCAGUCAGAGAGGACCUUUCAAGGUGAUGCACUGUAAAUCCGACAUUGAUGUUUCCACCAUGUGGAAAAGCAAGGAUUUCUCUGCCCCGCCCCCGCCCCCUGCACUCCAGCUCGCCCCCUUCCCGCGCGAAGUGAAGGAUGCGUCACUUUUCUGAGCUGCCCCUUAGACCUCUCCUGCUGGUCCCUGGACCUCUGGCUGGAAGCGCUCAUUCUUGUGACUGGCAGGCUGCCCUCGGCUGCUGCUGUGAUGGGGAUAUGUACAACCUCCAUAAAUAUGUCGGUGCACAGGGGCGUCUCCUAAUAAACCUGAUACCAAGAAGACAACUUGAGCCACUUGGAUCCCGAAGUGGGCUUCCCGGGAAACCUUGAGCACAGCAGGCUGCACAAUCCCCCACCCUCAGUCACCACCGCCUCUUCUUCCUCACUGUCCCCACCCCCUAUUUGUGGACUAAAGAUGAACUCUGGUGUGCAUGCUAUUAUUGCUGCAAUUAGAAUAUUAUCACACACAAAGGUCUCUAUAUUAACGCUGGUUUUAUAAGUGACAGUAUAUUGUAAAGAGCUGUUAAAAAGUAUUAUAGACCUAUUCAUGUAUUAUUUCACAUGUUUUGACUCUGGCUUGCAGCACCAUUCUGAGUAAGGAUGAGAGCCGGCGAUGAUCUGCCCAGAAGGUGUUUUACUCAGAAAAAAAAAUGCCUGGUCAGCAAUUCACUGUCAUGCACCUAUUUUAGAUUGGGCAGGGAGAUGGGAGGAGUCGUGAUUUUUACUUUGAAUAUUAUUUCACUGAAGUUACUAAAACAUUGCAGCACAAUGUAGAAACUGGCUUGGGAUGGAUAGGUAUAGGGAGGGGCAUUCGUCGGGAAAUUGAUGACCGGAAACUCGAAAGCCCCUGUAAUGUGGAAUAUGCAUAUGUGGGGUGAAGCGGUAUACUAUUUUCACUGCCGUGACACUAAGCAAAAACUAUUUCCUGUUAAAAGAAAGAGAAAAAGAAAGGGAUAUUUAAACAUAUAAGGAGUUGAGUCGCUUUGUGGUACAGAAGGGAAUAAGGGAUAAAAUAUAUGGAAUAGUAAUCUAGUUGAACUGUUCUGCACAAAACUUGCUUCCUUUUCAAAGAAUAGACUUCAAAAGAGAUGAACAAACAUCAGGUCACCUUUUGUUUUUAUAAUGAAUUAUUGAAGUUUCCAUGUUGUGGUCUCUUGAUAUAAGGAAGUAGACAUAACUUAUUUUCCAGCAAAAUUAUACUUCCUCUAGGUCCCUUUGCUCAGUUGUCCCCGGAAGGCUUCCCUGUGAGUAAUGCUUAUGGAAUCUGACAAAUGUGAAUGAGCUGCCAUUGGUGGGAAUCAGUAAACUUUGCAAACCUUUCACUGAUGAUUCCCCAGCAAGUGCUCCUGUGAGGGGCCGCUUCCCUAGUAUGUGAGGGAGACCCUCUGCAAGCUGCUGUGGGGACUUGGCUUCCUGAUGCUAGGCAGUAAUGGUGGAUCUAGAGACAUUCACUUGAAGAGCAAGGAUUGGGGUGGGGUGGGUUGGUGAAUCUAUCUCAGGCCACUGCACUGCAAGGUCCAUUUCUGUCGCUUCUGCAACACCAUGAGACCUGAGCAAGAAUGUGCUGUUGCAGAGGGCCUCUUGGUUUCAUAAAUGGGUAUAUACAGCCUGAACUCUGGAGGCAGAAAUCAAAAGAAAUCCUUGAGGGCUGGAACCUGAGGAUAGAGAGAAAAUGGAGAGAAGGGUGUUCAAGGUCAGGAUUGAUUUUUGCAUUUAGCGGAAAACCUCGAGUCAGACUCGGUGGCAGAACACGCAGCAGAAAAGCUGUGAAGGAAGGAAAUUUACGUGAUUGUAAUGGAGGCUAGGGGUGGAGUGGGAGGUGAGUGGAAGGGAGUCUCUGACCAGCUGCAGAGCCAACCCCUAUCAUUUUAUUAACAUGGAACCCACACAGAUAGGGGAGGGAUUAAGGUAAGAACUUACAGAAUGCAAACACGAGCACACUCUCUUCGAACCCAAUUGUGGGUGUAGCAAUGAAAGCAAUAUGAUAUGCUGCAGUGUGAAGCUCCUUCUGGGGGUUAUCGUAUGUACAAAGUUUACCUUAUAAUGGCUCAAAUUGUAUUUAAUUUUUUUGUUUUGUUUAUAAAUGAAGAAAAGCUAUAAGUAUAAUGUAAUUAUUUUAUAGGUAUACUAUUAAAUUAUAGAACAAAUAAAGAUAAUCUAGGAUUAUAUGUGAUCCUGGUGUGAUGUGCCAUAAAAGUGGAAUUUUUAACUUGUUGCAGUGAGCCGUGAAACAGCACUGUGGAUUCAGAGUGUUUUUGUUCAACCGCAGUGAGUUCAACCUCUGGCUUAUGUCACAUGAUCUCCUUUGGAGUCUGGAAUCUUCUAAGAUAAUUAGAAUCAGGCAUCCAAGGAGCAGAAGUGAUGGAGGUGGCCCUCAAUCCUGGUCUUUGGGAGCUUCCAAGCCUCUUCCAGAUCCCCCACCAGCUGAAGACAGAGUAUUCUCACUGUGCUGGCUGAAUGAGAAACACUAAACAAGGAAGCCUUGAGAAACUGCAGCAGAUGGAAGCCCACCAUUAGUCUCCCCGUUAGCACCAGGGACACACUUGUCCUGAGUUUUGUUCAUUUUCACAUUUACUUCUCAUGAGUUCCAACAUUUCUUCAUAUAAAUAUUUCUUAGUUUACAGCGCCUGCAUUUUUCUAUGAAUUGACUUAAUCUGCCAUUCAAGAAAACUCAAUUAGCAAUAAAAAAUAAAAUCCA